GAUAGACGCUGUAACACUAGCCACUAGGAAUCCUUGUACCUAUCUUGACUCGCUGUUACUUGAAACUUAGUAAAGCAUCAUGUCCGGGAGUCAAGAAGAUAGUCUGCCGGAAGGAUGGGAAGCUCGCAAAAGCCGAAGCACCGGCAUGAUAUACUAUCUCAACACUAAGACUAAGAAGUCACAGUGGGAGAAACCAGAGACCCCGGCUGAAGAGGACGACGAAGACUCUAACUCUCCUAAGUCUGUUAGAUGCAGCCACCUACUUGUGAAGCAUGCAGGAAGCCGCCGACCUUCUUCUUGGCGUGAAGAAAACAUUACCCGCACCAAGGAAGAGGCUAUUGAGCUUCUUAAAGAUUAUCGUGAAAAGAUAGCAAACAAGGAGGCAACAUUUGAAGAACUGGCUAAAGAAUACUCUGACUGCUCGUCUGCUAAACGCGAUGGCGACCUUGGCAUAUUCAAGAGGGGCCAGAUGCAGAAGCCAUUUGAAGAUGCUGCUUUCGCCCUGAAGGUUGGUCAGCUCAGUCAAAUUGUUGACACUGACUCCGGGGUUCACAUCAUACUCCGAACUGCUUAAAUCUAGACUGAUUUCAACUUAAUAACUCUCAUCGUUUAAUCAAUCUAUAGUUCUUUUACAAUUGUUAGUUAUUAUAAUAAGUUCAAGUGCAGUGAAAUCCAGUAUCAAUAAAAUGUAAUGAAAUUACUUUUUUGAAGAAUUUGUAUGGCUUGUAUUUUACAUUUGCAAGUUUAUACUGAUUUCACAGUAUGGCAAAGUUAUCAUAAAAAGUUUCUCAACCUUCAUUGAAUUUACAAAAACAUCAUUACCUUCCAUCAACAUCAAUGCUUUUACAAUGAAAAAAGAUUUAUAGUGACAAGUUUUGCAUUAUCCAUCAACUUAUAAUGUAACUUUUGUAGUACUUACUUUAUAACACAAAAUGAUAAACGUUAUAGCAUCAGACUUAACAGUUUAGUUUAUAAUAUUUUGAAUUGAAAAUUGCAUAAAAUGUAGAUAAAUAGAGUUGCUCAAAUAUAAUGU